AUGGUUGCCAAUUAUAACUCCGCCACCGCCAUCCUCAGACUCCACCCACAAAAUCUUGAUAAUAAAGCAAGAAAACGCAAGAAACCACUAGCUGAUGUGAUCGGUUUGGGUUUGUACAACUCGUGCAAGAAAAAGGCAACAAGAACAACUGAUGGAAAUCCUAAUGACUUGAUUCACGAAGUCGAAGGGAACUCCCUGAAGAGGUUUCCAUACAAUGAGUUGGUAUUGGCGACAAGAAAUUUUUCUGAGGGAGAAAAGCUUGGGGAGGGAGGAUCUGGUGUGGUUUACAAAGGCUACAUCACAUACUUGAACUCAUAUGCUGCUGUUAAGAAGAUAUCAAGGGGACCUGAAUAUGGGCCGAUUGAUACGUAUGCACCACAACUACAGACAAUCAGUCGAUGUAAGCAUCGGAAUCUGGUGCAACUCAUUGGUUGGUGCCAUGAAAAAGGAGAACUCCUACUUGUCUACUACGAGUUCUUGCCCAACGGCAGCUUAGAUUCUCAUUUGUUCAAACCAGAAAGCUCGUUAUCUUGGGAGUCAAGGUACAAAAUUGUUCAAGGCUUGGCUUCGGGGUUGCUCUAUCUACAUGAAAUUUUGCAGCAACCUCUGUUGCACACGAAUAUCAAAUCGAGCAAUGUUAUGGUGGAUUAUGAUUUCAACGCAAAACUUGGGGAUUUUGGGUUCGGCAACAGAAAAGAGCCACAGAUGAUAACCACAAGCUACAUGGCUCCUGAAUAUAUUGACACUAGACAGUUAAGCAAGAAAUCAGACGUUUUCAGCUUCCGAAUUGUUGCUUUGGAGAUUUCCUGCGGAAGAAAGCUCAUCAAUCCAAAAUUUGGAGGUAGUCAUGUCAAUAUGGUAGAGUGGGUUUGGGAGCUUUAUGUAAAAGGAAAAGUUAUCGAAACAGCUGAUCCAAAAUUGCGUGGAGAUUUCGAUGACAAACAAAUGGAGUGUUUGUUGAUUGUUGGGUUGUGGUGUGCUCAUCCAAAUUACAAUUUCAUACCUUCAAUACAGCAAGUGAUUCAAACGCUUGACUUUGAAGUUGCAGUGCCCAUUCUCUCAUCAAAGAUGCGAACUACUUCUUCUCCUCAUACAAUAUCAGUUUCAGGUUCGUCUUCUAGUAUUGGUUCUGAAGGAGGGCAAGUUGAUGACUCUGGCCCUGAUUAUAUCACCAAUUGCUCACCGAUCAUUGAAUAUCUCCAACAACUUCUCCUCCAUCAACUCGGGUUAAGAAAUUAG